AUUAGCGAUCAGAAAGGUGCCCCGUCCAAACUGCAGACACUGGUGUACUCAGCAGUUUUCACGCCGGCCGUCAGCUGCUUUCGCCGGUAGCCUACAGAAACAGAACAUCGAAGAAACCCCCGCAACGAGUGCAAUAAUACCGACUCACACCUCCUUCCAACACAAGUGCGACUCCGCCGGCGAAGCUAAACAGCUCUCUAGUCGACUAUAGUCGUAAUGAAAAAAGUGAGCUCCACCAGUCGUGGAGAAUAAGUUUGUUGAUAGUUUUUUUUCCCCUCCGCGCAGGUUUUCUAGUACCCCCACAGUGCACAGUGUAGUUGUCUUCGUUGAAGGUCUGUUUUGAUUGUUGUUUGUGAGCUUACGUGCAGUAGCAGCAGUAGCAGCAGAAGAAGAAACCCGGCUUCAGCAGUGUUGUUCAAAGUGGAAGUAGUGAAACGCAUUCGGAAGACUACCACUGACUGGACAAACAACGAGAAGUAAGCGACGGCUUGAAGGAAAAAGUGUUCAAACGGAAGCCGAUAAGGACAACAACGGAGGAAGACACGUGCGACUGAGGUGGAUUGCACGGUUGAACGAUCCAGCGUUAAGCACAACUACCUUGAGAAUCAUAAUAACGGAAGCUGUCCGAACGGAACGGAUCUGGUCCAAGGAAAAAAGGUCCACGCGCUCCAGCGAUUUCCUACGAAUCUCGGCGGAGGUAGCUCAGCUUUAGUAGCGCCAUCAGCUCCAGUCUCGGGUAUAAAAUCAAAUAAAAGCAAGCGAAACUUUUCCCUAUUGAAGCGCAAGUAGGAGGUAUGCACAAUCUCUGCCACGGCCACUCCACCUGCUGAUCGCGACGGCGACUGUCUUAAAUUUCAAACGACCACCACCACCGGCUCCGGUGGAAAAGUUUCGCAGCACAAAUCUGAGUGCUGUUGGUCUGGUGUAUCAAAAGUACCUUGGACGCAGUAGCAGCAGCAGCAGAAGUCCACGCCGCACAGACAGAAGCAAAACGAGGGAAAAAAUCGAAUCGAGGUGCUAAUACACCGCCAGACAGACGGACACUGUACAUACCAUACACACCAUCAUCAUUAUUGGAACCAACCAAACGGUCGAAGCUCUCGAGCACGUGCAAUCACUCAGUGAGCUUAUUAUACCCCACAAUAUCGAGAGGCCGCCCGCCCUAUUCCAAGCAUUCCGUGAACACACGUGGUGCUCUUGAAAAAAAAAAAGAAAAUAGAAAAUCAACAUAAAGGACCAAACAAGCGGAAGCCCACCGAUCGUAAAUCGAACAGCCGUGCCGUGCUCUUUUGGCUCCUCAAGAGGAAGUGCAAAUCCUCACCCACCACACUGCCACACUUGUGAAGGAAAAGCGACGACGGACAGGACUGCGAUGCCGGUCGAAUCACAGCGGAACCAAAUGGAGAAGCAAUAAACACCCGGGGAAAGUCUUUACAACGGAAGCACACCUGCAAAAGGAGCAGCAGCCGCAGUAGCAGAUGGUGCUCGGUAAAUCGCCCGAAGAAACAGCAACCGCAACCGGAAGGAGCAGCGACGAUAAAAAUAAAAGGAAACACGUCGUCGGGCGCCGGAAAAGAGUAAACGAAUUUGUUUAAGUGGGCACUUUCGUUAACCGUUUGUUCCGAGGGUAGUGCUACCAUACAGACAUCUGGCGCAAUCAACCAGGGGUGCGUACGGUGGUGGUAGGUAGCAGACCAAAAAUACGAACCAUCGAGCUAGCAAACAGUCAACAUCAUCAAUUCGAGCCAUCCAUCUUCAUCUCGAUUCCGUCGAGAGGUGAACUGAACUCUGUAGGUGCAAUCAUAAGCAUAGGUAGGCGCAGCAGCAUGUCGUCCCGGUCGAAAGAUAAGGUAACGGCAGCGAUUAGGAAAUUUUUCAAAUCUCCCGACAAGAAGGAGAAAAACCAACAGAAGGAGAAUGGUGCGAGUGGCGGAGGCGGUGCUGGUAGCGGAGGGGAUGCCCAGGGCAGCGGGUCCGGAGCGGAAGGUCAACAUCAUUCCAUGCUGCAUCCCCAUCCGGUAACGUUGGCGGUGGCGGGAGCGAUCGUACCCAGCGGGAGCAGCAGUAGUAGUAACAAUAGCAGUAGUAAAGGUAGCACCGAUAGUCCCCUCCGGCGGUUACGAUGUGCCGUCGCUCCUAGUAACAAUAGCUUAGUAAACGUUCCUGUACCAAAGCCUUUGGACACCACAAUCCGAUCCAGACGACUGAUGAAAGAACUCAAGGAGAUCGAACGGAUACAACACUCGCGGUCCGAUCCCUAUUUCACCGUCGAACUCGUGAACGACAACCUAUACGAGUGGCACGCCCGCCUCUACCGGGUGGAUCCGGACUCUCCGCUGGCGGAGGAUCUCACCGAACUGAACAUCCCCUUCAUCCUGCUGCAUCUGGUAUUUCCGGAUAACUUCCCGUUCGCCCCACCGUUCAUGCGCGUCGUCGAGCCACGCAUCGAGAAAGGCUUCGUCAUGGAGGGCGGUGCCAUCUGCAUGGAGCUGCUUACGCCACGGGGUUGGGCCAGUGCCUACACGGUCGAGGCGGUCCUCAUGCAGUUCGCUGCCAGUUUGGUCAAGGGACAGGGCCGCGUCUCGAGGAAACCGAAGGCGUCCAAAGAGUUUAGCAGGAGAACGGCCGAGGAAGCCUUCCGGUCGCUAGUCAAAACGCACGAAAAGUACGGCUGGGUGACGCCCGCCAUGAACGACGGUUAAAUUUUAAACCAACAAAGGUGCUCGAAAGCAGAGAUCCGACAAAAAUAGCUCAAUCGAACUCAAUAAAACUGGAACGUAAAAUACAAAACUUCAUCGCCCACGAGCGGAAUAUGUGAAUUGAAACUGUAGACUUUUAAGUGUGUGUUUGUGUACUCAGAACUCGCCAAUUUCGCGGAAGUUUGAUGACUACGUAUCGGAAAAUUUAUUUUGAUUUUUCUAUAUAUUCUUAUUUUUUGGAAGCCGAAACUUUUUCUUAGGUCUUAAGCCAGACGAAUACAUGCAUCUGAAUCUUGAUGAUGAUGGAAACAAAUGAUCUCGUCGUAACGUUCCGACCCAACCUUAAACAAAAAACACAAAACUCACAAAUGUUGUUCAAAAUUUCCCACGGCAACGAACGGCCACAACAUGGUGGUUCGGAAAGUAUGAAGGUUAUUGAAUGAAUCCCUCACCUUGAUUAGAUUCCUAAUUUGAACAUAGUUCCGGGCUGUUUUAUAUUAAGAUCCACACUCACUACACAAGUACAGUGUCUAAACCCAUGGGCCAUCAUUAUGUGCAACAUUCAGUGUAGUAUUAGCUAUGAAACCAGCUUUUCAUCUCAUCCCUUAAGGCAAGGCAAGAUAAUGAUGAGCAAAAUUGUUAGAUAUUGAAUUACAACCGAUGGGAUGUGCGAUAGAUUAUAUAUAAGAAUCCAAUAGAGAAUUGAACGUGUUAUUUAGUAUCGGAUAAAUCGAAAAGGGCAAGAAAAAAAACUAUCCCAAUGCUUGUUUGGUCGUCAGGAAAUUUAAACAGAAACCAGAAAGGUAUGUACUUUAAAUUAGUGUAGAAUAAUGAACAAAUGAUAAAACUAAGAUCAAAAACGUCA